AUGAACGUGAGCAGCAGAAGUAGCAGCAACAUAACUCAUUUGACGAGAGCUGACACUGCACUUAACAAGAGCGGUCCCAGGAGUAAUGGUUUUUCGGAUUGGUGGAUUUCUGGCAAUGCAGAAGCAGCUAUAUUAUUGACAUUGUCGUUGGUUGUGAUUCUGAGUAACGGCGUUACCAUCGUAACAACGUUAUUUUCCAAAAAAUUGAAGAUGCAGUUCCACUACUGGUUUAUUUUCAAUCUGGCCCUGACGGAUUUUCUCUUUGGAUUCAUUAUCCAAAUAGAAGCCUUCGAUUCGUUAGUAACCAUGCCGAAAGAAGUAUGUAGUAUUUCUAUUAUCGCUUUACAUAGUUUGUCCAUACUAACUCUACUGGGUACUGCGAUGUUAAGCCUGAACAAGUACAUCCAACUGUUCUAUCCAUUUCACUAUCCAUUUUUGAUCACUGGUCCUCGGCUUAUUGGAGUAUUCGCUACGACUUGGCUAGGUGUCUUCUCACUACUAAUCGGUAUUGAAGUCGCAUCACACGACGACCACUACAAAAAGAACGGUGAAUGUUUCCCGCUGCCAGCCAAUAUCAAAAUCUCUCCGGAUGUAUACAACGUGUAUCUAACAUUCGCACUUGUCCUGUACGUGCUGCCGCUCUUGAUUAUCAGUUACACCAAUAUUCGCAUCACGCGACUAGUACGGGAGCACACUCGACGAAUGCGAAAUCAGAUUGUAGACCAGGAACAAGCGUCUCAGAAUGGACUCGGCCUUAAUAAGAAGGACUUGAACGCGAUCAAGACCGCACUGGUGAUCGUUUUGACAUUUCUUUGCAUGUGGUUGCCUUACUAUACUUCCACCAUCUUCCGAGGUUAUUGCGGUAGUUGUGUAGCGAUGAAUGCAUUCAGCGUGACUAGGCUACUUUCUUUUCUCAACUCUGCAGUCAAUCCGAUAUUGUAUGGAUUUGAUAAAACAUUCCGUACAUCUUGUAAAAACGUGUUUCUUCGUCUAGAUAACACUAGCACAAACACGCAAACAAGUAAUUCGUAA